AUGCGAUCCCUCCUGCUCUCGUAUGAAAACGAAUAUCCUUCCCCAUCCUCAAUAAUCGAAUCUCCCCCACCAGUUGUAUCCGUUCCUGCUCUUAACCCAGCAUCUCUUUUCGGCCGUAACUAUUCCCCUCGGUUUCCGGAAGACUACAGGCUUCUCGAGACCUUUAUUCAAAAUUACCGCCUCUGCGAUGAACUUGGCUCAGGUGGAUACGGUUUUGUCAUGACCGCGGUCGACCGCCAGGAGAACGUUGAGGUCGCUGUCAAAUUCAUCAUUAAAGGGAAGGUCCCAGAGCAGGCGUGGAUGGAGGACGAGGUCUAUGGUCGAAUCCCCAUAGAAGUCCUGGUACUUCAUCUUGUAGAACACGAAAAUAUUAUCAAGAGCCUCGAAUUUUUCGAGGAUGAACUGUUUUUCUACCUUUACCACUCCCUUCAUCUCACGCGCAAAACGUCUGCCCUCGAACCACCUCGUCCUUGUUAUACGCGCCGCCCCUCGCACGACCUUUUUGAAUGCAUAGAACAAACGAAACACAAGCGCCUCUCUGAGAAACAAGCACGGUAUAUCAUGGCUCAGGUGGUCGAGGCAGUACAUUACCUCGACACUCAAGGAAUCUAUCAUAGGGACAUAAAAGACGAAAACCUAGUCAUCGACAAAGAUUUCAAGGUCAAACUCAUAGACUUUGGCAGUGCCGCGAUAGAGAACCCUAAUGAACCGCCCCCGUACUACAAACUCUUCUUUGGUACUACUGCGUAUGCCGCCUCCGAAGUACUCCUUAAGCGAUCUUACCAAGCCGCGCCCGCCGAAAUUUGGACCCUCGGUGUGCUGAUGUCGUACUUGCUGACCGGGAUGUCCCCAUUCCCUACCGAAGCGGAUGCCAUUGCGGGGCACAUCGUACUCUCCGAGCUGCCAGGGAAGGGACUCGGUGACUCGUGCGUGAAUCUCAUGAGCAGGUGUCUCGAACCCAACCCUCAGCUACGUGCCAAUAUCCACGAGGUGCGCGAGCAUCAAUGGCUGAAAGGCGCUUUGGAUGGUAUUUAG